AUUUGUAUAUUCUAGAAGAGGGAUGUUGGGGAGCAUAUGCAUCGUCGUCGACAUUCACCCAAGACGUUCAAACUGGAUCAGUUCUUUGAAAUAACCGCGCUACGUUGCACCAAUUUCGUCCUCUUGCAAUCAUUUGCUUCGAUUCGGUUUUACCUUGCGGCUUUUUUUACAGUGUCAUAGUCGAAACGGAUAAUUAUGGUGCUUUAACAUAGAAAUAUUAUCGUGCAUCCGGAAAAUAUAAACAAACAAAAAAAAACGCAUUAAUAAUACAUACAAAUUAUAGUUGGAUACAUAUUUGAAAUAUACAUAUAUCGUAGCGCGGUAAAAGUACCGCCAUAUUUCAAAUUACUCAUGUUACAGACAAAAGCGUUAGUCCUUUUAUCGGUAAUAGCAACGAUCGAAGCUUUACCAAUUGCGAAUGUUCACGUGAAAUUCGUUUCUCGACCUCACGUAUACGAACAUGGUAUUACGACAGACGGAGAUCGUACGAUCUAUCAAAAAUCUUUUGUCUCGAUUGGACGAAGAAGCAUUUCCUCGUAUCCACGAAGACAAUUUGGAGAACGUAUAAAUAUUGAUCCCAAUUCACAACAAAGUUUCCCCGAAAUUGGAAAAUAUGCGACAGUAAUAAAGCCGGAGAAUGCUGAGUCGUUAUGGCCAGUUGGAGUAUUUCUUCCCCCCAUAGACGGGAAUGAUUUUAGCCAUAAUCCUCAAGAAUCUAGACAUAUAACGCCGGAUUACAGUAACGGUUUAGAAUAUCACGAUCCUUUGCUUCUAAUUGGUACGGAAGCAAUGAUGGCAGUGAAAUACAUUUAUGGCCGCGGCGAAUUAUUUUACGGCGAUUAUCCACACGUACGUGCUAUAUUGCGAAAUCAAGAAGAGAGAAGACUAAAUGGCCUACACGGUCAUAUUUUAAACAGUCUCAGACCUAGCUCGCCUUUUUACAAAAUGCACCAGGGCUAAAAACUUGUGCAUUAGAAUUUGGCUGAAAAGUGAAUAGCCAUAUUUAUACGAAUUUCUGCAGGAAUAGACAAAAAACUGUUCAAAGUUAAUAUUUCAUUUUCAAACAUCACGACAGAAUCAUGAGACACAUUAAAUUAUUUCAUACGAUCAAAUCUUUUCUUAUCUUAAAUUAAACUAAAAAUAAAAAAUGAUAUUAAUCUAUAAUAAAAUCUAGAUGAACACAUAGUCAUCUACUUACAAUUAAAUAAAUUAUAAAUGUUUUA